CAUCCCGAGUUUCGGCAGCUGCCCCGCGGCCGCCGCCUCUCCCGGACAGCGGCGGCGAUCUCGGCCAGCCCGGCCCGGCUCAUCCCUCCCCGAUCGCCUCCAGAUGCCCGAGGAGAGCGGGAGCGGCCCGGGAGGAUGAAGGGCUACCCGGACCAGCAGGUGCCGUUCACUUUCCCGCAGCAGCGCCCGGGCCGGGCGGGGCCCGCUGCCGGAGCCGUGCUGGGCCGUGGGAAGACUCGCGGGGAGCCGGGAGCGCCGCAGGACUCGGAAGAGCUCUUCCAGGACCUGAGGCAGCUCCAGGAGACCUGGCUGACUGAAGCUCAGGUUCCAGACAACGAUGAGCAAUUUGUGCCUGACUUCCAUUCGGAGAACUUAGCUUUUCACAGCCCUCCUGCUAAGAUUAAAAAGGAGCCCCAGAGCCCCUCGGAGCUCACGGUGUCCUGCAGCCAGCAGCAGCCCUUCCAGCACAGCGAGCAGUGCCUUUAUGCCAGUGCCUAUGACCAAGCCAGAGAGUGCCCCAGCCCUGGAGUCCUGCUCCAGCCACCGCUCCAGCAGUUCCCCAGACAGGAGAGGAGCUUCCUGAGCCCUGCAGGGCCCAGCUCCACGGCCAGCUGCGGGUACCUCGGUGAGAACAGCUCUGCCUACCAGCCUGCUGUGGAGAUGUGCCAUCCCUUCCCGCCCGCCCAGGAGGACCCCGCCGCCUACCAGUGCCAGCUGCCCAAGCCCUGCCUCCAGCACCCUCCCCAGGGCUUCAAAGAGGAGCAGCAGGAGGCACAGUACGAGCAGGCAAAGCAGUUCCCAGCUGUGCUGGUCAAGCAGGAGCAGCUGGAUUACAUCUACGACUCAGAUGUUCCUGACUGUCCUUCCAUGUACAUGAAUGCUGAGAGUUACCCAAGCCAUUCAAACCCAGAAGAUGCAUUAGGCUGCAGCUACGACAAGCAGAUGAGGCCCUUUGCUGAUGAUGUCUGCGUUGUUCCAGAAAAAUUUGAAGCAGGAGACAUCAAGCAGGAAGGUGGAGGGUACCGGGAGGGACCCCCCUACCAGAGACGGGGUUCGCUGCAGCUCUGGCAAUUCCUUGUGGCUCUCUUGGACAAUCCCACCAAUUCCCACUUCAUUGCCUGGACUGGCAGAGGAAUGGAGUUCAAGCUCAUUGAGCCAGAGGAGGUGGCCAGGCUCUGGGGGAUCCAGAAGAACCGUCCGGCCAUGAACUACGACAAGCUGAGCCGAUCGCUGCGCUACUACUACGAGAAAGGCAUCAUGCAGAAGGUGGCUGGGGAGCGUUACGUGUACAAGUUUGUGUGUGAGCCCGAAGCCUUGUUCUCCAUGGCCUUCCCCGAGCAGCAGCGGCCGGCGCUGAAGGCGGAGUUUGAGCGGCAGCUCAGCGAGGAGGACACGGUGCCUCUGUCUCACCUGGAUGAGAGUGGCUCCUACCUGCCAGACCUUGGGAGCUUCCCUCCACAGCUCUACAGCAAGGGCUACACGUACUAGCACUGCUGGGAGCACGCUGUGGCUGUGUGCAGAGGGAGAGCGUCCAGCAUUUGCUCAGGCCAGCGCUAAACUCCGGUGCCUGCUUUGGUCAGGACAAGAGUUCAGGUCCACAAGUGGAAAAUCACCUCACAGCUUGUGAUAAAACUCUCCCUGUGGCGGGAUGGGGCACGUUCUCAGCCCUGCAGACAGCUCAGCAGCAGGUCAGGUCACUGGUGCCUCCAGCUGCAUCAAACACCCCUCAGAAUCCCUCUCUCUGCAGAGGGAGGGGAUGCUGUCCCACAAGGGUUUGUUUUCUUCGUGCAUGAGAAUGCUGCAAUGCUGCUGCUGCCUCCAUUCCUCCAGUAGCUGUCCUGCACCUCUGUGUGACCUGCUCUCAGCUCUGAGCAGAGGAACUCACUCUGACAGGCCACUGAAGCCUUCUUCCCAGGACGGCUGCAGGACAAGGGUCACAGAUCUUGUGCCUUCCUUGAGGAAUACUCAUUUCUUGUACCUGCAUGCUCCUGCCUUAUCACCUCCUUGCUCGUGCCAGGAGUUUGUGGCAUUCAGGCUCCCUGAGCAGGGUGAGUGAGCCUUGGCCAGAGCAGUCCUGGAGCGCAGGGCCCAAAGCCACUUCGGGGAACGACAGCGAAGCUUCAUCGCAUCGGUCUGGGGCACAGGUCAGAGCCAGUGCCUCCUUCAGGCAGAGGGACUGUGGGAGGCAGCAAGGCCUGAGACACAGCUCAGUGCAGCGUUGUGGCUUUUGUAAACUGAAAAACUUCUUCGACAAAUAUUCUCAGGAUAUUUGAAGAGCUGCCAGGCCCUUUAGUGUGCCCAUCCUGGGCUUGGCGAGAGAAUCGUGUGAUUAAAAAAUGCUAUACCAAGUAACCUAAACCAUACAUAAAUAUCAAUAUAGGAAUUCAGACUUAAACUCCACAGCUAUUUGCAUGUUUGAGGGGAAUUCGAAUGCGUUGAAAAGGCAGCUCAUAUUAGCACAUGCAACUUGAUUAAACUGGCAGGUUUUCCACCACAGUAAACGUUUAUCAUGGGCACCACAUCCUAAUUAAGAGGUGUUUAAUUCUUUAAUUAGCAGCUCCACCAGUUAGACAUGGAUCAGUGUACCUAUACAGAAAAAGUCUGUUUCCACUGCUUCAGGUUGAUGUUGCAGCUGCUGAAUACAGAACUUUGCCAAUCCUGUCAGCACGGUAGCCUGUAGAAAAAGCUCUGUAUAUCGACUGAAAGCCUGAUUUCCCCUGAUCUCCCCUGCAUGGCCAAUGCCAACCCUCCCAGCCUCGUCCCUGAGUGCAGGAGCCGUGAGAGGCAGCAUUCCCUGCCCGAGGAGAGGCCAGGCGCUGUCUGCAGGCUGCUCAGACUCAUGUUCUGACAGCUCCUGACCCUCCUGCCUUGCCCUGCACCUGCCUGGCCACGGUUCCUGUGGUGUCCCUGGAGUGAAGGGGAACCCUUCCUUUGGUAUAAGCUGCCUUUACUAUUUAUGAGUGUAAA